CGUGCUCCAUUUUAUAUAUUCCCUCCAUCCGGGUUCUUCCCAUACCCAAGGGGCAGUUCGCGCAGCCAAUCACAGCCACGAUAUGGAAGUACCCUAUUCAGAGAACUAUAUUUCUAGUCACGGAGCACUCACUACAUCUUCAAUACUGUCAUAAAAAAAAAUGAUAUCUCACUCUGUAUUUCAUGAUGAUCAGAAAACUUUUAAGAAGAAAUCCAAUGAAAAACAUACACUUGAACAUGAUAAAGAAAAUAUAAAUAAAUCCGAUGAUGACAGUGAUUCAGCGCCUGAAAUAGAAUCAUUUCAAAGUAGUCGAAAUAAAGCAUUAAAUUCUAUGAAAAAUGCAGAAGAUGAGGUUAGAAAGAUGAAAUUUCAAACAAAGAAAUUAAGGAGAAAAUACCAUGAAAGAAAUUUAAUGCAAAAAGAGCAAAAGAUAAAGAAAAUAUUAAAUUUGGAAGCUAAGAAAUUACCUCAAAAUAUAUUAGAUGAUAUGGCUACAUUAGAAAAAUCAAAAUAUUCAAGUGAAAAUGUUGAAAAAUCUUUGCCAAAGAAACUAAGACUUUCAAGUGAAAAUAAUAAAGAAUAUUCCAAUAUUACAAAUGAUGGAACUCAAGAAGAAUUCAUCAGCAUUCAUGGAAAUACUGAAUUUAUGGUAUGCAGAGCAAAUAGUUUCGUCAAGAAGCAUACUUCAGUAGCUGAAAGUGCAAAAAAUUGGAAACAUCAGCAACUAUUUGGAAACAAAAACAGAAGAGAAUCUGUGAAGGAUAUGGUGUCAAAGAAAAUAAAGCAGACUUUCUGUGGAAAGGUUUUACGGAUACAAAGUUGAAAAUUUUUAUUUUCUAUUUCAUACAGAGAAAUAAGCUCAUAAUACAACUUAACUGCAUACAGGUAUUGAUUAUUCAAUUGGACUGAAUAUAGUUGAAGUGUAUCUAAAAUAAUACAGUAGUAAGGAAGUAAACAGUAUGUACUUUUGGUAAAAGAUUUUAUACUGUAUAUAAAAUAAAUAUUUUAGUACUGUGUAAAAUGAAAUUUUUAUAUAUGAUCAUGAAAAAAAACAAAAUAACAUUUAU